AUGGACAGCAACAAGGCUGACCAGUAUGCAGACACAUUUCUCCAGGCUCUGGCGGACAGAAACCCUUCGUGGAUGACGUACGAGACUACCGACUUCGAGUCUGAAGAAGGUCGCGCUUUUCCCUACGUGGUUCUCAGCAGCAGCAGCGCCAAUUCCAGCGCCAACUCCGUCGGUGAUGGCAAGCUCAAGGUCUGGCUACAGGGUGGUGUCCACGGAAAUGAGCCUGCCGGGGACGAAUCAUUGCUUGCACUGCUGGGGAAGAUGGACGCGGAUCAAGAAUGGGCUGCGAGCAUCUUAGCGACACAAGACAUUGUGGUCCUGCCUCGAUACAACCCAGACGGAAUUUCUUACUUUCAAAGGACAAUGGCGACAAACUACGACCCGAAUCGCGAUCACAUCAAGCUCGCCCGUCAGCAGACGCGGGAUAUCAAAGCAUUCUUCAGCGAAUUUGGCCCACAUAUUGCAGUCGAUAUGCACGAGUAUGGUGCUGCGCCCAGAUAUGGCACAAACUACAGCAACGCUGCUGAUGGGAUGUACUCGGCUGCAAAGAAUCUCAACAUCCACCCGUCGAUCCGCAACAUCUCCGAGGAGCUCUUUGCUGUCAAUGUUGGCAGCGACCUCACGGCUGCCGGAUUGCGUGGUGAGCCAUACGUGACCAUCAGCUCAUCCUCCAACCCCAUCCGGCUUGUGGAAGCAGGCAGUGACGCGAAGAUUGGCCGCAACGGCAUGGGCCUCACACAAACCGUGACAUUCCUGUUCGAAACCCGAGGCAUUGCAAUUGCCAGCCAAGAGUUCAAGCGCCGCACCUACGCUGGGCUCACUAUGGUCUCAUCAGUCCUCCAGACGGCGGCUGACAACUUCGAUGAGGUCUACGCUACCCUGGAGAAUGGUAUACAGGACUUCAUCGACAGUGAGGAAGACAUUGUCGUCACAGACUACACGACGCUACAAGACCGGACGUGGACGAUGGUGGACCGCAACACAGGCGACGUCGUGCAGCUCCCCAUAGAGUUCGAGAACAACACCCCGGCCACCGCAAACCUCACGCGUUCUCGCCCAAAGGCCUACCUCAUCCCUCCUGCGUGGGCCGACCUUGCCGAGCGCCUGACGGUGUCGGGUCUUGAUGUCGAAAAGCUCACGGACGCUUAUGCUGGCACCGUGGAGGCUUACAACAUCACAUCAGCUUCGCUGUCACGAUCUUACUACGAGGGCGUGGUCCUCAGCUCUGUCACGGCUGAGCCUGUGGAGAAGACCGUCUCGCUUCCGCCGGGUAGCUUUCUGGUGAGGACGAAUCAGAGGAACGCGGGUGUUGCCUUCAACGCUUUGGAGCCGGAAAACAUCGACAGCUAUGUCAGCUUCAACAUCGUGCCGUUGGAGACGGGCGAUGAAUAUCCAGUAUAUAGGAUCCUGUGA